CGUUCAUUGUGAGGAGCCAUUACCCUCGUCGCGCUAGCAUCGUGCCAUAUUCCCACACGCGCGCUAAAAGUAAUAACAUUUUUGUAGUUUUAAGUGUAAUAUUAUGAGAGUGAAAUCCGAAAUGGACGACGAUGAAAAGGGGAUGAGGGGAGACGAGCGCCCUGGGCGGCACAACUCCCAGUCAAACUCCGAUGCAAGCGAAAAAUUAUUUGUCGGUGGUCUGUCCUGGGAGACGACACAGGAGAAUCUGCAGCGCUACUUCAGCCGUUAUGGCGAGGUUAUUGAUUGCGUUGUAAUGAAGAACAGCGAGUCAGGUCGCAGCCGUGGGUUUGGAUUUGUUACAUUCAGUGACCCUGCGAAUGUUGCUCUCGUCCUUCAGAAUGGGCCACACCAACUAGAUGGACGCACGAUUGAUCCGAAACCAUGCAAUCCACGCACUUUGCAAAAACCAAAGCGUAGCGGAGGUUUUCCAAAAGUCUUCUUGGGUGGCUUGCCGAGCAAUGUCACCGAAACUGAUCUGAGAUCGUUUUUCACUCGUUUUGGCAAAGUCAUGGAAGUGGUCAUCAUGUACGAUCAAGAGAAGAAGAAGUCCAGAGGGUUUGGCUUUCUCAGCUUUGAGGAUGAAGACGCAGUGGACCGAUGUGUCGCCGAGCAUUUCGUCAACUUGAAUGGAAAACAGGUUGAGAUAAAACGGGCAGAGCCUCGUGAUUCUUCGAGCAAAAUGAAUGAAAGUCAUCAGGGUCAAUGGGGACCCCCGCAACAAGGCGGCCCGCCAAUGGGUAUGGCUGGUAAUAUGGGCCCGAUGGGUGGCCCGAACGGACAAAUGGGAGGACCCAUGAUGGGUGGCCCAAUGGGGCCGCCGGGGAAUAUGAUGCAGCAGUAUCAGGGAUGGGGCACAAGUCCUCAGACUGGUGGGUACGCUGGGUACAGCACCCAAUAUAACGCUCAGGGGUGGGGGGCUCCGCCUGGGCCGCCUCAGCAGCAACAGAUUCCACCACCCCCGCCUCACCAGUGGGGAAGUAAUUACAACGUUCAACCAACUGCCGCGACUCAGGGUUAUGGAAGUUAUGGUGGGCCAGCGGCGGCCACUUCAGGGGGCUACGGGCCGGCGGCGGGAACGGGGGGGGCUGCGGGGGGAGGGCCCGGGGGCUCCUGGAACUCCUGGAACAUGCCACAAAACGGGCCACCCCCUAGUACACAGCCCCCGCCCCAACCCCCUCAGCCCAACUCCUCGCAGCCCAACUCCAACUCGAACCCCUCUGGCCCGCAGGGGGACAUGUACUCUAGGCAGACUACUGGCUCCGGGGCUCCAGGUUCGAGCAGCAGCUCUGCCAAGACGCCGGAUUACAGUGGGUAUUCCGGAUAUGGGAGUUACGCAGAUACUAGUUAUCCUCAGCGAUCUUACCAGGGUGGAGAAAGCAACCAAGGAAUAGCAGAUAUGGAUGAGACAAGUUGAAGAAAUUUCGAGAAGUCUGAUGACCUCAAGUUUUCGCUACUGUUCUUUGAUGCAUAGCUGAAUAAACGUCAAUCCGUGCGUAUUUAAGAAUAUCCUCCGUGUUGAAAAUAUAUAAAUACUAGAGAUAAAGUGUGAUAACACGAUACGUUAAUAAUAUUAUGUUUUCCUCUCCUUGUUUGUAUUUUUUUUUUCUUUUCUCUGUUUUGACUGCGGGGCUUUCUUCCCAGAGUUUUAUUUCUAGUAUAAAAAAAAAACAAAAAAAAAAAAAAAUAUCAAUUGUACAAUAAGAACUUGACCGUCACUGCUUGACAGCCAUUUGUCCGAUGCGGUGGCAAAUUUUUAUCAGUGUAGUUAGGUGCGUAAAUUUUAAUUAAACCGGAGGGCUUUUUAAAUGUGCACUUUUUAACGACUACGAGUAGGGGGCUGAUCUGAAAAGUCUACCUGAUUAAAUAUAUGGCUUAAUUGUAUUUACUCUAGAGGAUUUAUCAUAGAUCUAAAUAAAAAAAAAGAAAAUAAUAAUCUAGUGGGCUGUCCACUAAUGUUACAAACAACGAGCCGCGUCUGUUUUGCCUAUAAAUAUCACGUGCCACGAUCUAAUCAAUUUAAGCACAUCCACCUUACCUCGAGCUAAAGCGUGUAGUAUUGGAAAGUGUGCUGGAUGGAAAUUGAAAAAAGCAAAUUGAGGAUCGUACAAGAAUCACAUUAGCUAAUGUCGCAGGUCAUCAAUUUUCUAACUGUCUCUGAACCCGGUGCGGUAUUAAUCUAUAUUUCUAUUUACUUCAGGUUACUCCCUCAAAUUUAUCGUCCUUUCAUGUUAGAUGAAUUUUCACAACCUUUUUCUUACUUGUGGAGCAGCGCAUGCGAAUGUGCAUGCUGAUGGGUGUAGGGUUUUUGUCAUUUUUACGGGGGGUGGGGAUGCGUGUUUCAACACAAAUUUUUUUUGGGGCGGGGGGUAGAAACCAAAACAACCGUAAACAAUAAAACAAAAAAAAAACGGUAAUAGAAAUACUAAUCUGGUUGGUAUGUGCAAAUUGGAGACGAAAAUUUCGUUGAUUUCGGGUUUCUGGUGUCCAGCACUUUUCUUGGUUCGUUAUUCUUAGGAUACAGUGAGAGUUUUAACAUGGACGGAAUCAUUCCGAGUAACUUAGACGCAGCUCGCAAUAUAUUCUGGGAUCAACACAACAAGGAAACUUAAGGGGAGCUCAAUCAAACCAAUCUUACCACUAAUUACUGUCCAUUGUUGAUUAUUUGAUUAACGAAUAAACAUAGGAAAUGAAAUAACGGUUCAGAUCAUGCGUUAAAACAUAGUGAAAUUAACUAAGGCUAUCUGUAUUGUAUAAAAGAAAAAAAAAAAGAGAUUUAAAGAGAAAAGAAACACUAGCACUACUACUAUUAUUAUUAUUCUUAUUAUUAUCUUAAUGAUAAAGUAAAGAAGUUUUUAAGCAUAGUAAAAGUGAUGAGAAACACGUAAGUUAACGGUAAAUAAUUAAUUAAAGAAGUAAAUAAAUUAUUGUAGAGAAUUUCCAUAUUGUACAUACAUUUUUAAUGAAACUGGGGUGCGUUGCAGUAUGUUAUAAUUAAAAUUAAAAUAAAGAAGAAUAAUAAUGAAAAAGAAAAAUUAUGAGACAAGAAAAUCUAUUUAAAAUAAUUAAUUAAAGAUUAUAAUGGUAUAAAUAAUAUGUUUAUAUUUAAUGCAAUAUUAUUAGUAUGUUUAAACAGAGAAAAACGACUUAUUAAAAUAGAUAGAAAAUAGGCAAUUUUCAUUCAAUCUGAUGUUAUUCUGCCCUAUUCGUAUUCGCGCCAAUCAUAUUUUCCACGUUGCUCUAGCAACGAUUAACGAAUAAGUGCCAACUUUGCCUCUUUAAUUUUUUUUUUUUUGUUUCUUAAUCAGCCCUUAUUCACUUUCAAACAUGAACGUUUCAAGGUUUGAACGGAAUUUCUCUACUUUACGGUACAACUCAUUUAAAAAUCUAUUAACAUACAUAUCCCGUGAUUCUUGAAUUAAGUCACUGACAAAACUACGAUCAUAAGUAAUUUUUUGCUGACAAUAUACACGUACAGGCUCGAUUUUAAGGCCGAUAAUAAUUACGUAGUAUUUGGUACUUUUGAAAUUUUGACUAGGUAAUAACUCAUAUUAUACAAUUUUACAAAUUCUUAUAUCUAUCGGAAUGUUAAAUAAAUAACAGUUUCUCUCAGGUUUACUCAGGUAAUAAUAAUUGCAUCAAUUUAUAUCAGAAAAGGCUGCGUGUAUUUCAAAACUCAUAUACAUAACACACAGGCAUCUGACGGAGUAUCGGGGAGGAGAAGUUGUACUUUAUUGCUAUACAGAUUCACAUGACGUGUUUGAUUUCACGACCAACGCGUCUUGUCUAUAUAUAUUGGUAGUUUGAUAUUGAAUAGGGCAGUUUAUUUAAUAUGAUAAUCAGUUUCCCUUUUUUUCACUUGCUAUAGUUUUGUUCCGUUUUGUGUUGACUAAUCGUAAUUAUGCCACAUAGUUAGUUAUCGUUUAACUUAAUUAGCUACUAUAUUAGGUCGAUUAAAUAUUGAUAUUUAAAUGAAGUUAUAUAAUAAUAUAUUUGAAUAAUUCCGGGACAUGCGAGCUAUUGAAGCAAGCAAACCUGCACACAAAGACUGGAUAUAUACCGGACUGUGGUUUUUUAUCAUUAUUGACCGUAUUGAAUAUACAAACCGUAAAUAGGAAAAGUUUUCAACAUCUUUAAUUCUAUAGCGUGUGUGCCUGCCUUUAGCGGGGCUGUAAACUCUACUGACAACUUAGUUGGGGGAAAAAAAAAAGAAUUACGUAUGAACGAAAAAAUUCAUAUUACGUUUAUUCCACAUUAAUUGCAAUAUACGCAGCACUGUCAGGAUACGUCUCUUCUUCUGUAUUUUGUUUUCUUAAUCUUUCGCCCUUUUCCUUGUUAUUGUUUUUUUUUUUUUUUUUUUGUACUCCAUAUAGAAUUUUCACGUGUAUCAUUAAAUUUUCUUUUCAAAUUAUUCACAUCUAUCUUCGAAUUCAAUUCUUUCCGAUUUUAUCAAACAAUAAUAGAUAAAAAAAAAAGACUUUGAAAAACUCGUGGCAUCCGGUUGGAAUUGUUAUGCUGAACGCAGAUUAUAAGAUGAUACAAAUUCUAAAUUACGUUGUAGGGCCUUAGGCGAGUUUAAUGCGUAUGAAUAAAUUAAAAAUGUACAGAAUGUGCUCUGGAUGAAAUAUUGAAUGAAAAGUAAGAAGAAAAAACAAAAAAGGAAGAAAACAACAAUACCUAUUGAAAAUAAUAAUAAUAAUAGAAUGACAACGCACUUGCAAAGAUGGGGAGUAUAUGAGAAAUGAUGAUAAUAAUAGAAAACAAAGGUUUUAACAGGUUGCGCAGGGCGGAGGAAGGGGGGGGAGGAGGAGGAUGAGGAGGAGGAGGCAUUUGAACAUCGUGGUGCAAUACCUGAUGCAUGCGACAACUAGGCUUUUUAUUUUUCCUUCUUCAAUCAAUGGCUAAUAAUUCUUCAUCUUUUUCUUUUUUUUUCUUUCCUCUACUAGACACAGUUUUCACAACAAUCAAGUUUAUUCUUACGCCUAUUAGUCGUUAGCCUAAGUAGGAGAAAUACAUGGAGGUAAAAUGCAUUCAAAAUUCACGAUUUACGAUAAUCUUUUUUUCUUUUAUCGUUACAUACAUUCAUACGUAAUCAAUUAUGCGACGUACCUUAUUUAUUAGCUUCUGUAAUAUGUACCGAGUAUAAUGAGUUAUUGUUCCGAAAUGAAUUAAAAAUAGAUUGUAAUUCGGGUUCAAAUACGUUGAAUUAUUGAAUUAUUUUUUUUUUUUUUUUUUACCUGAUAAUUUUUUUAUUUCUUUUUGUGAUUUCCGUGUCUCGGUGAUUGAAAUUCGUUGCGCAUUCUUAAUGAUAUUGUAUUAGAAAGAAGGAAAAAAACUAAUGACUCUCACUUGCUGCACGAAUAAGGCAUGACUGUACAGUCUAAUGGGUAUUGAUGAUUGACUUUUAUCAGGUUAUAGUGAGAUGUAAGGUAUAACGUUACGUCGGUAAAUAAAAAUAAAUAAUGAAGAAAACAAAUAAAAAAAUAUUACUGUAAUGAACUACUUGUACUUUUAGCUUUGUAUUGGUAAGAUCGCGUCCCCGAAAUAUUAAGGAAAAAAGUUCUUUAGCUCGCUCGCUCGCUCGACCUCCAUAUCCAUUGUUUUUUAAAGAAUAAGAAAGAACGAAAAAGAAAAAAAAAAGCGCCAUUUACAAGAACGAUGGACUGUAACUUGUGUGUUUGAUACACGAUUGAAGUCCAAUUUGAUCUUUAACUGACUUGAGUCCUCGGAAAUUUUCUACGAAGUUGUCCUACUCAAUAUAAAAUUAAAUUAUAUAUCCCAAAUCACCAACAAUUUUUUUUUAAUUGCGAAGUUGUUUACUGAUACCAAAUGUUUUAAACAUUUGAUGAUGGUGAUGGGGAAAAAUGUUUGCAAAUUAGGAUAAUUAGAUUUUAUUAGACAGUUUUUCGCGGCAAUCAUUUUUCUAAAAUUUGGAAGUAAGAUGAUAGAUCAGAUCGGAUUUCGGCGUUAGAAAAGAAAUUGAAAACAAUACGUUCUUUUUGUUGGUUCCAUUACGAAUUAGACAUGCUCCUGGCCAAUGCGCAUGUUCUCUGUCCAAUAUUGCGACAACACAUAUAUAUGAAUACUACUUGAAUAAUUACAUUAUUACUAUAUUCUACAAAAAAAAAAACAUUUUUUCUGGUUUUUUUUUUUUGAAAAUAUUAAUGGAUAUAUAUUAGAUGGAAUCAUAUAAACGAUGUGGUAUAUGCUUGAAACCAUAAGGAUUUAAUUAAUGAAUUAUUAUUACUAUACCUAUUUACUAAUCAUAUGAAGAAUAAAAUAUAAUAACUAUUGUCUACUAUUAUGUAUGUGGUAAGCCUAGCAGUAACGGAUUAAAAGCAAAAAAACACUAUUACUAUUACUUCUAUUACACUACGUUAGAGUUGAGGUUAUUAAUUAAAGUAAUAAACGGUUGUAAGGACUACAUAGUAGGAAAGUUUUCUUGAAGGAUUAUGUUAUUGUCAUAUUUACCCCAAGUGCCCCUUAUUUUAAAUCCUUGUAUAAUAUUCAACCGCAAUGUUGUGCGGUCUUGGCUCAGUGAUUAUUAAACUAUUAAGGAAAUUGUCGUGUUUAUGCGAAAGUUGAAGCAUGAAUUUAUACUCUCCAUUUACAUAGGAUAGAUUAAUUUCUCCAAUUACCACUUCAAAUCAUAAUCAAAUAUCUACAUCGUUCGCAUUUGUUUCAUUGUAAACAUUACUAGGCGUAACUUGAGAACGUUCAAUAAAUUAGGCAGUAUUUAAAUUAUCGACGACAAAUGUAACGACGUCAAUUUGUUCCAUUUUUUUUUUUUUUUUUGUUUCAUUGACUCGUUUUUUUCUUUCUUACAAAAUUUCUAAAAAAAACCCGGGUCAAUUCGUCAAAAUUUGCAAAAGUAAUUUCAAAAAUCACGUGUAUUUACUGAAUUGCAUUUUGUAAAUGAAUAACAACAACAACAACAACAACAAAAACAGCAACAACAGCAACAACAACAACAACAAGAACAACAGCAACAACAACAACAAUAAUAAUAAUCAUGAUAGUAAUUAUAUGUAUAAUAGUAUUGACACGAAACAUCCAUGAAAAAGAAAUAAUAAGGAUACGGUUGUGACAGUCGAAUUGCGCGUUGUAAAUCGAAAGAGAACAGGUAUUAAUUGCGCGUUGUAUAGCAUAAUUGAAUGUAAUAUUUUCGCAUAAACAUGGCUAAAAACACGACUGUUUCAUCCUAGCACGUAAAUAUAAUUUAAGCAUUUUCGAAUAUACCUCAUAGAGCUGUAGCUUUUGUGUCAAAAUAAUUCUGAUUUUAGCCCUACACUAGGCAACAGUGUAUCAAACUUAUCUACUUUUUCGUAUAUAUAAAUUUAAGAGGAAAAGAGAAAGCGAAAGCAAGCAAGCAAGCAAGCAAGCAAGCAAGCAAGCAAGAGAAAGAAAGAGAGAAAGAAAGAAACGAAAAGUAACGGAAAAUUAUUAAAUUAAAUUAAAAAUUUAAAUUAUUAAACAUAUAGCUCGUACAUGUACUGUUUAUCUGCAAUAGGCACUUUGUACGUUUCUAAGUCAGUCGGGACCCGAAAUAUUAUCUCUAGUUGUAUAUGUAAAGUGGAUGAUCGAAGCCUUACUUAACUCAAACUCAAAUAAGCCUUAAUUGAUAAGUUUUCGAAUUAAGAGUUAUACGGUAAAUAAUCAUAAAGAAAGAAAGAAAAAAAAACCUAUUCUAAAUGUUAAUUACUGAUUAUGAUUACGAAAUAAGCUAAGUUGCUUGUUGCAUUUAAGAUCCGGGUAAAUAUGACCAUAAUAUACGCAAGCUGUGACACUUAGGAUAUAACAUGGUAACGUAACAUAUAUACUUCUAAAAAAACAAGAAUAUUACAAAACUAUUUAUUGCAAGAAAAAAAAUAAUAAUAUUAUAUAUGUUAUUUGUCCCUAUGAUAUGGUAGAUCGCGUAUUCUGUAUACACUAGGUAACUACGUUUUACUAAUAACUGUUUAACAGAACAUGUAUACAAACUACCACUGCUACCACUACCAACUACUGCUACUGCUACUGCUACUGCUACUAGUACCACAACCACUACCACUACUAUUUCUACACCUAUACACUGGACUGAAGUGUACAGUGUUGGCUGUCAGAGAGUUACCUCCUUGUAAGAAAAUGAACAAUUUUCACAAUCCAAAUUUAUAAGAGCUUCGUCCUUCGUCUUUAUUGCCUGCAAGUAUUGGUAAUACAGGAGUAUGCUAGGCUUAAAAAAAGUUCAGUACUUCUGUUCGUCGUUGAGAAAUUACACAGGUUUUUUUUAUUUAUCGUGUAAAUUGAAAGUAUAGUCCUGAAAGAAAACGUACUAAAAUUUAUCACGAGCUGGGAUAAAAUGCCGCAAUAUGAAUUAUCACGACGUUAUACCGAAAUAGAUUUUCAGAAUAACGCAAUAAAUAUACCUACGUAAACUUUCUGCCGUGAACACUGUAUACAGUAGAUAAAUGAUAAAUUUUACUGUUAAUUGUUCAAUAGACAGAAAUUUUGAGCGGUUUCCAAAUUGAUGUUCCUGUAUAUGUGGAAUUUCAUGUGACGAUCAAGUCUUGUCAUGGAAAAUUGAUCUUGUUUGCUUGUUUUCAUCUUUUGAGAUUACAAGUUUGUUCAGAAAUUUUACGAAAAAUUGAUCGCAUUUCUUUAUCCCUUAGAAAUUACCAAUCGAUGAAAUCAAUUGGAGUUUCAUCGGAAGGAAGAAAGAAAGAACGUAAAUUUUUCACUUGAUACGGCGAGCAAACUUGUAAUCUAAAACUUAAAACUGACGGACAAUUCGAUUUCCACGGAUAUAGGAACAGCUCGUUUAACGAAUCCCUCAUUCACUGAACACUGGACUGAUGUAUAUAUCGUAAUACAAUUUACAAUAAUCAGACUCUGGAAGUUGCUGUUAGUUUCACUACCACUCGCAUGAAAAGAUGAAAAAAAAAUAUAUAGAAACUGUUCUUUUGAGCAAAAUAUCUGAUGAGAAAUGUUAAUUGAUUAUAUCUAUAAUUAUGGUGAAUAAUUUUGUGACUUGAUAGAACUUGUCCUUUUGAACUGAACGGCGGUAGUGUGCUCAAUUAUUUAUAUAUAUAUAUACAUACAUAUAUAUAUAUAUAUGAAAUAUACACGUUUUUCCUUUCUCUUCUUUUUGUUUCAAAUUUUUUUUUUUUUUUUUUCCAAUAUCAACAAAACCGAUAUAUUAUUUUUUUCACGUAUAACUACGUGUAGACGUAUGUGUGUAUAAUAUAUGAUUAAAUUCCCCUGCAUAUCUGAUAUCCUCCCAAAUAGUGUCAAAGACGACGAAUUUUGAAACACUCGUAUUGAUGAACAAGAAAAAAAGAAAAAACAAAUACAAAUGAGAACGAAAGAAAAGUUUAGCGUGUCCUUACACAAGUUAGGUGGUGGUCAGCUUUUGUUGAGAUUUGGAAAUAUUGUCGUGUCUACUUAGGCUUAACUAUCAUUGAGGAUAAUACAAGAAGUUUAGAAAACAACAAAUGAACCUAGCAUAAGGAAACGACAAAGUAAAAUUUAUUCAAGAUGAUAAUUUUAAUUACAAGUAAUCGGUAUUACCUAUAUUACAUACAUACGAAGGCUAUUAUAUUUAAAGAAAGAUAACAAAAAUUAAAAGUUAAUUAAAUAAAUAAUUAAAUACAUAAAUAAACAAUAUAGUUGCAUAUAAAUGUAUCUACGGAAUAAGUGACACGUGAUCUGUGAUUGGCAAAAUUUAGGAUAAACAAGAAUAACAAGGAGAAAAAAAAAAAUAGGGAAAGAAUCUACUCUGUACAAUUAAUUGAUAAUUUUGUUGACUAUACGAAAAAUGAUUAGAACGGUUGAAUAUUGUUAUACUAUCACAUCCAUACGAUAGAUCGGAAGAAUUUCUCGAAUAAUACUAAAGAAAGAUGAACAAAUAAUGCCGUGAUAAUAUUGAUAGAUAAAUCCGUAAUUAUAUUGAUUAAGAUAAUUUAUGUACAUAUGUAUUAUAAAUUAUUAUUAUCCAGAGUAGCUUUAAAAAAAAAAAAAAAAAAAACGUCAACUCUCUAUAUUGCGAGUCACUAUCUAACAUU